AGUAAUGUUAAAGUUGUAGUAAGAAUUCGACCAGAAAAUAAAAGUGAACAUGAUGGAUCAUCUAGAAUUGUGGUCAAGACAAUGAAUGAACAUGUUCUGGCUUUUGAUCCUUCAGAGGAACAUCUUCAUACACCUGGUUAUAAGAAAUCAUUUACAAGAGAUAUAAGAAAGAAAGCUAGAAAAGAUUUGAAGUUUGCCUUUGACUAUGUGUUUGGUCCACAUACAUCCAAUCAAACUGUUUAUGAGCAUACAACUAAAACUAUUUUAGAUGGCUUUUUGAAUGGCUACAAUUGCUCAGUGUUUGCCUAUGGUGCAACUGGAGCUGGUAAAACUCAUACUAUGUUAGGUAGUGCUGAUAGACCUGGUGUUAUGUUUUUAACUAUGAUAGAUCUAUAUGAUAGAAUAGAAGCUCUCAAAGAGGAAAAAUCUAUUGAAGUAGCUGUUUCAUAUUUAGAGGUGUAUAAUGAACAAAUUAAAGAUCUAUUAUUACCAAAAGGUAUGUUACCAAUCAGAGAAGACACUAAUGGUGUGAUUGUAUCAGGACUCUCUUUACAUAAGCCUAAAACAGCUGAAGAAUUAUUAUAUAUGUUACAAUAUGGUAAUGAAAAUAGAUCUCAACAUCCAACUGAUGCUAAUGCUGAAUCUUCUAGAUCACAUGCUGUCUUUCAGGUAUAUGUAAGACAGAAAGAUAGAACAGCUAAUGUAUCAGCUGAAGUAAAAGUAGCUAAGAUGUGUUUGGUUGAUUUAGCAGGAUCAGAAAGAGCUACAGCUACAGCUAAUCGUGGAGUUAGAUUUCGUGAAGGAGCCAACAUAAACCGAUCCUUAUUGGCUUUAGGCAAUGUUAUUAAUGCUUUAGCAGAAAAUAAGAGUAAAGGUCAUAUACCAUAUCGUGAUAGUAAAUUAACAAGGUUAUUAAAAGAUUCACUAGGUGGUAAUUGUAGAACUGUUAUGAUAGCUGCUGUUAGUCCUUCAAGUAAAACAUAUGAUGAUACAUAUAACACUCUAAAAUAUGCUGAUAGAGCUAAAAAUAUUAAAGCAACAUUAAAGAAGAAUAUUUUGAAUGUAGAUUUCCAUAUAAGUAGAUAUGGUCAAAUUGUUGAAGAUUUGAGAAAAGAGAUUAUAGAAUUAAAAGGCAAACUAACAGAUUAUGAAGAAGGUAAAAUAUUAUCUGGUGGAGCAUCAAAACAUUCUCAACAUCAAGAAAUUACAAGAUUACAAGAUGUAUUACACAAUGUAUUUAGCAGUAGAUCUGGUAUAAGAAAAGAUAUACUAGAUCAAGAAAGUUGUAAAAGAGAUAUAUUAUGGAAGAUCUAUAAAAAAGAAAAGAUCAAAUCUAGAUUGGAUAUUUUAGAACCUCAAAAUACCCAGGUAACAGACAAAUUAACACGAACAGUUCAUAAGAAUCAGAAUAAAUUAGAUCGUGUGUUAAAACAGAUAGAUAUAGCUAAUAAUAAAUAUCUAGAAAAUACUGACUGGUUAGAUAGAGUUCAAACAGAGAUGAAACUUGCUGGUGGAGAUUCCAAAAUAAUGCCAGAGCUAUUAGAAAUAAGUUUGAGAAUGCAUAAUUUAGAAAUAGAAUUAGGUGAUGCUCGACAUCAUUGUAAACAUUUAAAGAAAUUAGUUAAACAUCAAGAAAAAGAGACAGAAACUAAUGACAGAUUGAUAUCAUUAUUAUUGAAAACAGUGAAGAAACAAUAUUUAUUAUUAAAAGGCCAUAAUAUCAUUACACCAGAUAUAUUGAAUGAGUAUAAUCAAAUUAAAGAGGAGGUGGACCCACCUGAAGUACAGUGGGCUGAUGAAACU